AUGAUGCACUUGGAAGCGGGACUGCUGCUGUGCCUGCUAGCUGGGGUGAUGGCCGUCGAGGAUUCGGCGAAUCCGGCUGUUCCUGAGAAUGUGUUUCCGGAUUAUGAACAGCCUGAAAGAACAUCAGACUCAUCGCUUGGUGAAGUCAGCGAAUCCGAUCGUGAAAAGCGAGUCGUGAGAAACCCAUAUUCAUGGAUGGCCCAGCGCGAUCGAGGCACUCGGGAUCGCCGCGCGAUCCGGAACCCAUAUUCCUGGAUGGCACAACGAAAGGAUGACGAGCCCCUAAACGCUCGAUAUAACAUGGCCAGAUAUAAUGCCAAGCGUGCCAUGGGUUCGUUGCGCGGAAGUUUACGUAACUUUUACGUGCCCCGCAAUCCGUACAGCUGGCAGUACACCAACAAACGCGGCAUCAUCCGAAACCCAUAUUCAUGGCAAAAGGGAAAACAU